GGAACCCAAACAAACAGUACCUAAUGACUAAACCCAUCCUUAAAAAAAAAAACCAAAUUAAAAACAACAUACGACUUCUCUCAUUGAGUUACUACUCACUACACCACAGCUGUAAACCCGCACGUGUUUUUGACUUCCCUUUGACUCCCUUAAGAAGCUUCGAAAAUUCAACGUUUACUUACAAAGCCCUAAUUGACACAAAGCUCGAUCACUUACUCUCACACUUGUAAAAUUCAACCCCAUUUUUCUGAAUUACAUUACCUCAUUAGCUCAGAAUUUGAUUACACGGGAUAUAGGGAGCAUGUACAGUGGAUUUUGUUGCUGAGAUCAGCUUCCUUAAUGGAUUGAGCGGAGGUUCUCUUUAUCCUAUUGAUUUCCUGGUACUUUUCUUGAUUAUCUGACUGCUUCUGUUAAAGGUUCAAAGUGAAUACGGGAGUGAGAAUGUCUAUAAAUCGGCAUUGUCCCCGAACUGACACUUAUCAGCUGAAGCUUCGGAUUGAAAAGAAGAUUGGUCAACAAAGGGCAGAUAAAUAUUUUACUGUAUUAGGCAAAUACUUGAGUCUAAAGCUUAGCAAGUCAGAGUUUGAGAAGUUCUGCAUUGGUUUGUUGGGGAGAGAUAAUAUCUGCCUUCAUAAUGCACUUAUGCAAGCAGUUUUAAGAAAUGCUUGUGCUGCUAAGACACCUCCGCCGAAAGUUCCAAAUGGAUAUCAAAAAGGCACUCUCCAGUCGCUAUGCAGGGAUGUGUUUCCUCAGUCUCCUAGAAAGGGGAGAACUCCUACUCUUCGUGAUCGCAGAUUCAAGGACCGGCCCUGUCCUCGCGGGCCCCAUUGGAAAACUCAUUCUGCUGCUUCUGAAGAUAAUUUACCAAAAGCACAAGAGCAUCAAAGUAGAAGCCAUGUAACUGCUCCCCUCGGCAUCUCCCUUAGUGCUAGGGGAACAAGGAGAGUAGUAUGUCACAGGUCGGCCCCACAUGGUAUUGAAACUUGUAAUAGAACUCGUGAGUUGCCUGACUCCGACUCUCUCAAGAAAUGGUUGGGACAGAAGUCAGAGACGGAAGGCCUACAAAUAUCAAUAGAUGCCAUAAAUGUGUUGAAUAAUGGGCUUGAUGUUUUCUUGAAAAGAUUAAUUCAGCCUUGUUUGGACUUAGCAGGCUCAAAAUCACAACACAAGCGCAUCCAUGACCAAGCUGUAUCUGUUUCAAAUAAAACAAGGCCCAUAAAAUACAUUCAGAAGCCGAAUGAUCUCUUUUCUGUUUCAAUGCUGGAUUUCCGCUCUGCAAUGGAGUUGAAUCCCAGGAUAUUGGGGGAAGAUAGCCGAAUACAUCUUGAGAAACUUUCCUUGCAUGCAUACGAAGAAUCAUUUGUCGAGUAAAGCUUCAUCGUCGUUUAUAGCUAUGCAAAAUUUUGGAUCAAGGUUAGGUUGUGUAUACAUCUCAGAGCUGAUUAUUUCUAAAUUGAGAGUUGUUAUUACCUCAUAAAGUAGCAAGAUAUCAAUACCUGUAAGAUUGUAGCUAUUACAAAUAGAGUUAACUAGGCUUCUUUAACUAAUAUUUAUAGUCUUUAAUGUAACUUACUGUUGUUUGUUAAUAAAGCUUAAUUUUGUA